UCCAAUUUCUCCACCAUGUCCGGCUCCGGUGCCAAUCCCUUUGCCCAGUUCCAGGAAUCAUUCACCCAGGAUGAUGUCUACAAGUACUUUGAUCUGCCCUCCAUCGACAACAAAUAUGAUUCACUGCCCUUUUGCAUUCGCGUUCUACUGGAAUCCGCGGUGCGCAACUGCGACAACUUCCAUGUGCUGGAGAAGGAUGUGCAGAGCAUCCUGGGAUGGACACCAUCGCUGAAGCAGGGGACCAGCGAUGUGGAGGUCUUUAAGCCGGCGCGUGUUAUUUUGCAGGACUUUACUGGCGUUCCCGCCGUCGUGGACUUCGCUGCUAUGCGGGAUGCGAUCCGCCAACUGGGCGGCAAUCCUGAGAAAAUCAAUCCCAUCUGCCCUGCCGAUCUGGUCAUCGACCACUCCGUUCAAGUGGAUUUUGUCCGCUCCUCGGACGCAUUGACCAAGAACGAGUCGUUGGAGUUCCAGCGCAACAAGGAACGCUUCACAUUCCUCAAAUGGGGAGCCCGUGCCUUUGACAAUAUGCUGAUUGUGCCACCCGGCUCUGGUAUUGUUCACCAAGUCAACCUGGAGUACCUAGCACGAGUGGUCUUCGAGAAUGAGGAUUCCAGCGAUAAUUCCAAGAUCCUGUAUCCGGAUAGUGUCGUGGGAACCGACUCCCACACCACCAUGAUCAAUGGACUGGGUGUGCUGGGCUGGGGCGUUGGUGGCAUCGAGGCGGAGGCCGUGAUGUUGGGCCAGUCCAUCUCCAUGCUGCUGCCGGAAGUGAUUGGCUAUAAGCUGGAGGGAAAACUGGGCCCUCUGGCCACCUCCACAGAUCUUGUGCUGACCAUCACCAAGCAUUUGCGUCAGCUGGGCGUCGUGGGCAAGUUCGUGGAGUUCUACGGUCCCGGCGUGGCGGAGCUGAGCAUUGCAGAUCGCGCCACCAUCAGCAAUAUGUGCCCGGAAUAUGGAGCCACUGUUGGCUAUUUCCCCAUCGAUGAGAACACGCUCAGUUACAUGCGGCAGACCAAUCGCUCCGAAAAGAAGAUUGACAUUAUCCGGCAGUAUUUAAAGGCUACUCGACAGCUGCGUGACUAUGCCCUUGAGGACCAAGAUCCCCAGUAUACGGAGUCCAUCACUCUGGAUUUGUCCACCGUGGUCACUUCGGUUUCGGGACCCAAGCGGCCGCAUGAUCGCGUCUCGGUCUCCAGCAUGUGCGAGGACUUUAAAUCGUGCCUUACCAGUCCCGUGGGCUUCAAGGGAUUCGCCGUACCACCAAGUGCCUUGACUGCCAGUGGCGAUUUCCAGUGGGACGAUGGAAAGACUUAUAAGAUUGGCCACGGAUCUGUUGUGAUUGCGGCCAUCACUUCCUGCACGAAUACCUCGAACCCCUCGGUGAUGUUGGGCGCAGGUCUUCUGGCCAAGAAUGCCGGAAAGGGCUUGAGUAUCCUGCCAUAUAUCAAGACCUCAUUGUCUCCUGGCUCUGGUGUUGUUACCUAUAUCUACGCGAACGGGGUGAUUCCCUACCUGGAGCAGCUGGGCUUCGAUAUUGUUGGCUAUGGCUGCAUGACCUGCAUUGGCAACUCAGGACCGCUGGAUGAGAACGUGGUGAACACCAUCGAGAAGAACGGACUGGUCUGCUGUGGAGUUCUGUCGGGAAACCGCAACUUCGAGGGUCGCAUACAUCCCAAUACCAGAGCAAACUAUCUAGCCAGUCCGCUGCUGGUUAUUGCCUACGCCAUUGCCGGCAGGGUUGAUAUUGAUUUUAAAACUGAGCCGCUGGGCGUGGAUGCCAACGGCAAGGAGGUGUUCCUGCGCGAUAUUUGGCCUACCCGCAGCGAAAUUCAGGAGGUCGCAAAGCACGUCAUUCCCGCCAUGUUCCAGGAGGUGUACAGCAAAAUCCAGCUGGGUUCCAAGGACUGGCAAACGCUAGAAGUGUCCGAUGGCAAAUUGUAUCCCUGGAGUGGAAUAUCCCUAUAUCAAACGUCCCCCUUCUUCGAGGGAAUGACCAGGGAGCUGCCCCAGCUGAAAAGCAUCGAAAAGGCUCGCUGUCUGCUGCUGCUGGGUGAUUCGGUGACCACCGAUCACAUCUCACCAGCCGGAUCCAUUGCCCAGAGUCCUGCAGCGCGUUAUUUAUCAGAGCGCGGUCUGACCCCUCGCGAUUUCAAUUCAUAUGGCUCCAGACGUGGCAAUGACGCUGUGAUGGCCCGUGGAACCUUCGCCAACAUCCGCCUGGUGAACAAACUGGCCUCCAAGACCGGACCCAACACCCUGCACGUGCCCAGUGGCGAGGAGAUGGAUAUCUUUGAUGCGGCGGAGCGGUAUGCGGGCGAGGAAACGCCUCUUGUACUGGUCGUGGGCAAGGACUACGGCAGUGGGAGCUCCCGCGAUUGGGCCGCCAAGGGCCCAUUCCUGCUGGGCAUCAAGGCGGUAGUCGCAGAGUCGUACGAGCGCAUUCACCGCUCCAAUCUGGUGGGCAUGGGCAUCAUUCCAUUGCAGUUCCUGCCGGGACAGAGUGCCGAAACCCAUCUGACUGGCAAGGAGCUAUACAACAUUGCCCUGCCUGAGGGCGCUAAGCCGGGCCAGAGGAUCACAGUCGAGGCCGAUGGCGUCGUCUUUGAGACCACCUUGCGCUUCGACACCGAGGUGGACAUUACCUACUAUAAGAACGGAGGCAUUCUAAACUACAUGAUCCGCAAAAUGCUGGAUUAGUGAUUAGUGCAUUUGGUAACUUCUAUAUUCCAUGUGCAUUUUUAUCGACGGUUAUUUGUUAUUUUGUGACGGAAAAUAAAGAUUGUCACAUCACCUGAGAGGUGAUGAAAUCUUAUCUUUUAA